AUGAAAGCGGCGAAUAAAAGUCUCGUUUUUGUAUUGAUUCUUAUUUGUUCAGUUGUCGGCCAACAGUUUCGAUAUGACUAUACGUACUUCAGGAAUAUCAACGGGUGGUUGAAGCUUCAGGAGAUUCCAGCUAUCUGGCAAGAGGCUCGAUUAAGAUGUCGUUUGGAAGGAUCUGUAUUGGCUUCACCUCUGGACGCUGCUUUAAAAAGCAGCAUGCUGUCUUUGAUAACAAAUAAGAAGAGUUCGUGUGGCAUCUACACUGGUAUUCAUGCGUUAUUCUCGAAAGGAGACUUCCGUUCAAUUGAAGGAGUUCCACUGGCAAAAAUUCCUCAUGAUUGGGCCGAUUAUGAACCAGAUAAUGCUGGAGGUGACGAAAAUUGUAUCCUGAUGUACCCUGAUGGAAACUUCGCCGAUGUUAAUUGCACUGAUACGUUCCAGUACGUUUGCUAUAAGAAAAAGACUUCAACUGUUGCUAUGUCUUCCUGUGGCAGUGUUGACAGUGAAUAUACUCUCAGCAAAGAGACGGGAAAUUGUUACAAAUUUCAUAAAGUUCCUCGCACGUGGUCGCGGGCCUACAUGACCUGCUUAGCCGAGGGAGGAUACCUGACGAUUAUCAACAGCCAACAAGAGGCUACGUUCCUUAAGGAACUUUUCGCGAAGAACCCUGCCUCUCAUAUGGUCGGAAGAUUCUGGAAAGAUAUCGCUUUCAUUGGCUUACACGACUGGAAUGAGCACGGAGAAUGGUUGACUAUUAAUGGUGAGACAUUACCAGAGGCCGGCUACGACAAGUGGUCUGCCGGUGAACCGAAUAAUUCGACUGGCGGUGAAUACUGCGGCUCAAUAUAUCGUUCGGCGCUGAUCAACGACCUUUGGUGUGGAAGACCAGCACCGUUUAUCUGCGAGAAGGAACCUCGCAGCUUACUCCGAGAGCACGACGACAAAUGAGUGA